GUGCCCAGCAGGGUGAGGGGGCACGGUGCAGGGCUCGGAGCUUUAGCAAGGUACUGUUUGGUGCUAACCUCUUCCAGGCCAGCUACUGGUGCUCAGCACGGGAUGUGUCCAAGGGGCCCUGUUUGCUAAAGGAGCUGAAUGGUUCAUGUUCUGCAAGGGCAAAAAUUGGGGUGCAGCAAACAAGGGGAAGGCAGCACCCUGCUGCAGCGUGAAGGGCUGUGCUUGGAUUUCCCAAUUCCGGUGUACCCGAGGGCACAUCUAAGGGUGGGUGAGACACACACAGACAAGAGAACAACUGAUGGCCGAAGGUCUGCCUCAGAUGCUUUUAAAGCCCUAUGCAAACCCCCCCAUCUGGGAUGGAUUCCCUGCGCCUGCAGUGGGCGCAUCCCCCUCAGAAGGGCGCAGUGCUCCCCCUGCAGAAGGUGUGUGUGUGGCAUCUACACAGCCCCCCCAGCUCCAACCCCCCCAGUAAGGUCUCCCUCUCGUGUUUACUGUUGUAAGAAACUUGUUUAAAAAAAAGGAAAAGAUGGUUUCCGUUUGUAAGUAAUUCUUCAGCCAUUUGCCACGCUAUAUAUCUGUGAAUAAGAAGGGAAAUGUGUUUGGUUUUGUUUUUUUUUUUAAUGAUGGUGAGAAAAUUGUAUAUAUAUUUUAGUUCGUCAUGGACCGCUCAGAAUUGCAAUGGGAUACGUUGGAAAAUAAUAUGUAAAUUCCUUGGGUUUUUCCUUUGCACUGCACUAACGGGGGUAGAACGGGCUCGGGUGGAGGGCUCCAAAGGUAAAACUGUUUGUUUAUGGGAUAGGUUCUAGCUGGCAAUUUGGAAAUCAUUCGGAGUAGCUUGUAAUGCUGGAAUAGAAUCUUUAGCUGCUACUUAGAAACCCUUUUGCAUGUGGUUCUUCCAGACCUUUUUAAGUUACAAUACAUCCAAGUAAAUCCCACGAUGAAAAAAAAAAAAAAAGAAAAAACCCAACAAAAAUAAAGUGUAAUUUUGCUGAUAGCUCCUUUUAUUUUUCUGGAAGCCGUGGUUUUUAUCACCAAUAAACCCAUGCGAGAAGGCUGGGUUUUGUCUUGGGCUUCUAUGGGGCGUAGUGCUCGUGGGGAUGGAUCCUUCCUGAUGGUCAGCAUCCACAGCCCACCCACAACUGCACUGCUCAGCUGAUCCCAUCCUGCAGCCCCAGACCCGAUGGGGUUCAGCCAGGGCAGCUCUCAGCAGCUGUUCCUCUGCAGCUGUCCCUCUCCCAUUGGGGUGGCUGAGAAGGGAGUGGGUGAUUUUUCACAGCUUCCAUUCAUUUCUUUGGAUCACAUUCCCGAAUCCCGCCCGGCUCUGCGCGCAGUGGCAUUUUCCAGAGCGAUAAAAUAAAAAUCCCAGCCUUGCUUACAAAUUGUCCGAGGUGUUUUGGGAGGAAAGGGAAGGUUUCACCCCAGAGAUGCCGCUGUGAGCUGCCCUGCUACUGGAUGGAUAACAUUUUCCCCUGCUCUUCUGGCUGCGGUUGGAAGGACGCAGCUCUGCUGGGUGUCACCCUGGCCGAGCUGCAGACCCCUGCCCAGCACAAACCGUGUCCCUGUGGGUGCCGUUCAGGCUUGGGGAAGCUCUCCAGCACACACCGUGUAUGAAAUGCUGAUUUCUGCGACCUGAGCGCCAACAGAAACCCACAGCACAGCACUGGAGCGUGGAACAGGUGAGUGCCAAACUGCAUUCAUGCCAGCUCCUUGCUGGGGACGUCCCUGGUGGCACUUGGUGACAUGCAGCCCUGCAGCGCGGUGGUGCUGGGUGCCCAGCAGCUCCAUGUGGCUCCAUGUGACCCCCUCAGGGUGUGCACGGAUAAAUGGGGCAUUAUUCACCGUGCCCAGCCCGUGCCAUAUGCUGUAACCAGACCAGGAGCAGCCUUCCCCGAGGCAUUAACAGGAGCAUCCAUCUCCAGCCCCCAGCUGGCUCCAGCCCUGCGCCCCAGGAGGGGGAAGGCUGCCCCGGACACAAGUUCUAUUUUAUCAUCUUUUUUUCUUUUUGCAGCUGCUGACAUAAUCUCCCACAUUAGUUGGACUGGCCAGGGUGCUGCUCUGAGCAAACACAGCACCGGCACUGGCUGCACUUGCUGGCUGCCCUCUGCAAACAGCUCCGUGCCCAGAGCGCUGCUGGCCGACCCUGAGCAUGCCCUGUCACUUGGUGGCCUGUGGCCGGCCAGCACGUGGCCACCUCCCUCUGCCACCCCACAGCAGGCUGCCCUAAGAGCCACACGUGGUGGCAAUCCAGAACCUGAGAACAAGGGCCCCAACAGCUCUGCAAAUGGGGAAACUGAGCCGCUGAGCCCUGUGGGCUGUGAGCCCCCCCAGCCCUGCUGUCCGCUCUCUGCUGGGCGCCGAGCUGGGAAGAGAAGUCACAGUUCCAUUCCGUUUCGCAUUUCUCCAUUCUGCCCGACUUUGCCGUUGAGCGGCGGAGCGACAAGGAGGACGGGGGCCGGAGGACGGCGGUGCGGAAGGGGAGGAGGAGGAGGAGGAGGAGGAGAGCAUCGGAGGAAGGCAGACGUCCCGCGGCCAUCGCGAGCGUCGCUGGUUGACAUGUCCUACGUGAGCUGUGCCCUGCGGGUGGCCGCCCUGUGCCGCCUGCCAGCCCCCUGGAGAAGCCCCCGACCCUACAGCAGCGCGACGGGACCCACGGCCGAGAAGAGCGUCCCCUACCAGAAGACACUGAAGGAGGAAAGCAAUGGGAGCACGGGGCCCAGCCAACCACCCCCGGCCUCGGCUGAAGUGGUGGUGGUCGGGGGGGGCAGCCUGGGCUGUCAGACCACCUAUCACCUGGCCAAGCUGGGCAUCACCAACGUCGUCCUGCUGGAGAGGGAUCGCCUGACGGCGGGCACCACCUGGCACACGGCUGGUUUGCUGUGGCAGCUCCGUCCCAGCGACGUGGAGGUGGAGCUGCUGGCGCACACGCGGGACGUGGUGAGCCGCGAUCUGCCGGCCGAGACGGGGCUGCACACGGGCUGGGUGCAGAACGGGGGGCUCUUCAUCGCCUCCAACAAGCAGCGCCUCGAUGAGUACAAGCGGCUCAUGUCGCUGGGGAAGGUGUACGGUGUGGAGUCACACGUCCUGACCCCGGCACAGACCAAGGAGCUGUACCCGCUGAUGAAUGUGGAUGACCUGUAUGGCACACUCUACGUCCCCAAAGACGGCACCAUGGAUCCCGCUGGCACCUGCUCCACCCUUGCCAGAGCAGCAGCAGCCAGAGGUGCUACGAUCAUAGAGAACUGCCCCGUCACCGGCAUCCAGGUCAGAACAGAUGACUUUGGGGUGAAGAGGGUGCACGCAGUGGAGACAGCCCAUGGGACCAUCCAGACUCCCUGUGUGGUCAACUGUGCAGGGGUGUGGGCGCGUGCCCUGGGCCGGCUGGCAGGUGUGCACGUGCCUCUGGUGGCGAUGCAUCACGCCUACGUGGUGACCGAACGCAUUGAAGGUAUCCAGAACAUGCCGAACGUUCGGGAUCACGAUGCCUCGGUGUAUCUCCGUCUCCAAGGCGAUGCCCUUUCCGUGGGUGGCUAUGAGUCAAACCCCAUCUUCUGGGAGGAGGUAUCAGAGAAAUUUGCCUUCAGCCUCUUUGACCUGGACUGGGAUGUUUUUAUGCAGCACAUCCAAGGUGCCAUCAACCGAGUGCCGGUGCUGGAGAGGACAGGCAUCAAAUCCACUGUCUGUGGGCCAGAGUCGUUCACAGCCGACCACAAACCGCUCAUGGGGGAGGCUCCAGAAGUCCGAGGUUUCUUCCUUGGCUGCGGCUUCAACAGCGCCGGGAUGAUGCUGGGAGGAGGCUGUGGGAAGGAGCUGGCCCAUUGGAUCAUCCACGGCCGGCCGGAGAAGGAUAUGUAUGGCUACGACAUCAGGAGGUUCCACUGCUCCCUCACCGACAACAACCGCUGGAUCCGGGAGCGGAGCCACGAGUCCUACGCCAAGAACUACUCGGUCGUCUUCCCCCACGAUGAGCCGCUGGCGGGGCGCAACAUGAGGAAGGACCCUCUGCACCAGGAGCUGCUCCAGCAGGGCUGUGUGUUCCAGGAGAGGCACGGCUGGGAGCGCCCAGGUUGGUUCAGCCCAGGAGGAGCAGCUCCGGUCCUGGAUUACGACUAUUACGGUGCUUACAGCCAGGAGCAGCACAGGGACUACACCUACAACCAGCUGCUGGCAGAUGAGUACACCUUCGACUUUCCACCACAUCACAACAUUAUCAAGAAGGAAUGCCUGACGUGCAGAAAUGCCCUGGCUCUCUUCAACAUGUCUUAUUUUGGGAAGUUCUACCUGGUUGGCCCCGAAGCCACCAAAGCAGCCAACUGGCUGUUCAGUGCUGACGUGAGCAAAGCUCCAGGCAGCACCGUGUACACCUGCAUGCUGAACAAGCGUGGCGGGGUGGAGAGCGACCUGACCGUCAGCAGGAUCAGCCCCGGUGACCCCAGCUCUCCACUGGCCCCCGCCUUCCAAGGAGAUGGAUACUACCUGGCCAUUGGUGGGGCCGUGGCUCAGCACAACUGGUCACACAUCACUGCGGUGCUGCAGGACAUGAAGCUACAGUGCAAACUCAUUGACUGCUCAGAGGAGCUGGGCAUGAUGAGCCUGCAGGGCCCACUGAGCCGCACUGUGCUGCAAGAGCUGCUGGACACCGACCUCAGCAACGAGGCCUUCCCCUUCUCCACCCAUAGGCUCGUGAAAGCUGCAGGAUGCACGGUGCGUGCCAUGAGGCUGUCCUUUGUCGGUGAGCUGGGCUGGGAGCUGCACGUGCCCCGGGAGGACUGUGUCAGGGUGUACCAGGCGGUGAUGGAGGCGGGCGCCCGGCACGGCAUCACCAACGCUGGCUACAGAGCCAUCGACAGCCUCAGCAUCGAGAAAGGGUACAGACAUUGGCACGCAGACCUCCGCCCUGAUGACACACCGCUGGAAGCAGGCUUGGCCUUCACCUGCAAGCUCAAAUCCAGCAUUCCCUUCCUGGGAUGGGAGGCUGUGGAAGCCCAAAAAUCUGCUGGCAUCUUCCGCCGCCUCGUCUGCUUCACCACAGAUGAGAAGGUGCCAAUGUUCGGCCUUGAGGCCAUCUGGAGGGACGGCGAGGUGGUGGGCCACAUCCGCCGGGCAGAUUUUGGCUUUGCCAUCGACAAAACCAUCGCCUACGGUUACAUCCGUGAUCCUGCGGGGGGACCCGUCUCACUGGAUUUCGUGAGGAGUGGAAACUAUGAGCUGGAGAGGAUGGGAGUGCGCUACCCUGCCCAGGCACACACCAAGUCCCCGUUUGACCCGGACAACAAGCGAGUGAAGGGCAUCUACUGAGAGCUUGCAAUGGGGAGAGGGGGAUGCUGAUGGCCCCAUUCCCUGCCCAGCAGUCUGCCGUGAACUCACUGAGUAAAUUUGGGUCAGAUUGGAAGGGAAGAAGAGGAAAAGAUUCCAAAAAGUCCAACAGUUUUAUUCCUGGGUUUUCUAAAUGAAGCGAUACCACUACAGCAAUAAUUCUUUCCCAUGGGUUAAUCGACCUGAAAACAGUGUUUUGCUUGACUGCAAAUGAAAUGGUUUCAAUUUUUGACUUUGCUGGAAACCCUUUUCCCCCUAAACGUCGUUUCACGCUGCCUGGAAAUGAAUUUUUUAAACUAAA